CGAGAGAUCGAGAGAUCGAGAGGGGCGCGACAAGUCAUGGACAUCCGCAAGGCUGGUGGUGUCGAUAGAUUCAGCAGUCUGCCAUCGGAGAUCCUUGAGCACAUACUUUUCUUCACCGGGGUGAGGCAAGCUGUGCAGCUGAGCGUCCUCUCCUCAACAUGGAAGAAUCUGUGGAAGUCCAUGCCUGAUUUGUAUUUGGAUGCAAGAGACCUCCCUCCCACCGGCGACCAAAACUGGCGCCUCUUCAGUCUUGCGCGCAAGGUCUUGAGGCUCCGAACUGAGACAGUACGGAAGCUUCGCAUCGUGAUCUUCAUGAACAGAUAUCAAUCGAUUCAGAUAUCUCCAUUGCGGUGGUUCAACUACGCACAAUGGUGCCAUGCUGAUGAACUCACUCUCUCCUCUCUUCCAUACCCGUCCUCAUCACCUAUAUCUCGGAGAAGAAUAUUGUUCGCUGAUGAAUACACUGGCAUUGUCAAUUUUGGCAAGCUGAGGAGCCUGACUAUUCGGGGCAUACGCGAUUCUGUUAAUGCAUUCGAACCACCUUCUGAUGCUUUGCCAUUGCUUGAAAAGCUUUCGAUGAGCCACUGUAGUUUUGAAGCAAUCAAUAUUUCCUUUAGCAGACUGAAGGUGUUGACAUUACACUAUUGUUAUGCACUAGGAGGCAAUUUUCGUGUUGCCACUCCAAAUCUAGAAACGUUUGACUACCGUGAGAGUUUUUUUCCUGUUUGCGAAUUGGAGAACCAGCCUUCUCUCGUAGACGCGUCGAUUGAUAUCAGCCUUUGUAACCAGAGUGGGGAUGCUUUGCUUCAAGUCUUUCGAGCGAUUCAAAAUGCUACUUCAGUAAAUCUGUCUUGGAGUUCUCUCGAGGCUUACUACAAACAGCAACGUUCAUUUAGUUGUCUACCAACAUUCCAUAAUGCAAAGCAUGUGACGUUGGUAAAUAAUGGCCAGAGGAAUAUAAUGUUGACAAAAGAUCUGAUGCAGAAGUGGCCCAAUGUAGAGACUCUGACAAUAAGAUGAGAAGGUAAUGAACUAUUACAUUUUCUGAAACUAAUCAGUUAUAGUACUCUAUUUGCUUCAUUCCAGAUUUGAAUUUCUCUCAAUGGGCCUAUCUCAGGAGUGCUUCGGAUCGUCUCAAGAAGAUGAAUUUACAGCUUUAAAGC